CCUAGAUGGCCCGACAUCCCUUUCGCAAUUGCGAUCCUUUUGGCGAAGAAUCUACCCAGUACAAGCUGUGCGAGAGCAAUGUCCGCAUCCACACAUUUUAUUUAACUUCUGGUCAGUCCUUACCCUGCCUCCUCGUCAACCUACCUUGCUUCGUCCGUUGCAAAAGUCGAAAAACUCGUCCCGGUUCCUGGCGACAACAAGAACCUACAUGUGAACCUACAAUAGAAAGCAGAAAAAGCGCGCCACUAUGAUCUUCAUAAAUCGCUCACAGCAUGUUCGGGUGUCCCGCUGGAAUCUGCUCGCGGUUUAUCUCGCUUGGUGUACAUUGGCGUGCGGGCACAUCGCAUCAGCAAGCGACACUAACUCUCGCGGAAUCGGCACCAUGACCACCAUGCAAUACCUCGCGACCGAGCCGUGUGCCGGUCCAAGCCAUCCGUCCUGGGAGGCCGCACGGCUCCGAUUAGUCCAAGCGGCAAAAGUCGCCACAAGCGAUGUCACUCAGAUCAAGCUCAACCGGUUGAUACGGUGUGACCCAUCUGCGGAGCGCCAACUGGAGCUACGUGAACUUGCGUCGGGGUACAUUGGAAACACACGAAGAGCCCGGCAGGCCCUCUGCCACUACCAGGACUCUGUGGUUUCGGUGGAGAGCCUGCAAGCCGAAUUGCAAGAUCUGGUCACACGGGUCGACGCGGUGGAGGACUAUGAGGAAAAGAUCCUGCAGCUGUUGGAAGAAGCACGGCAAGAUCCGCAGUGCUCCCAGUGGGCGGGGCGCAACAGUGUGUACGAAGGGGCUGCGGGAUUGGCAUCUGUCGCUGACGCUGGAGACAUCGUUCUGCCGGAUCCAGAAGCCAUCGUGGCGUGAAUUGCGAUGUCAUCGUCAUGCUCACACAAUUUUCCGUAUGCGCUGUCUACAAACUCCCGAGUCACCUAAUUACAUAUUAUUUAUUUGCGAAAAUG